CACGCGUUAUAUUUUAUUCAUCGUCUCUCUUAAAUUUCAGAGGUUUGAUUUUAUUUUCAUCAACGUUCAAAUUCCCGCCUGUCUCUACCUCUCUCAUUUUGUUUUUUUUCUCUCGCCAUCUUUUGCCUUUUGAGUUUUGACCAUAACCAUUCUCAUCCCUCCAAAUCUAGCAAGCACUGUAGGUGUAUCCAGAAGCUAUUCUCAACGGGCAAAAGCAGACGCCAUUGCACUAACCUCGCUCCGAUCUCUUCAUCUUGCUCAGCUAAGCGGCCGAGGUGUUUGUCGGUUUCAUGCGAAUCAAAACCCUAGCGGGUUGACUUCACCGCUCAGCCAAGCAUGAACCGUUUCCACAUCUACGAAGCUAUUGGUCGCGGCAAGUCCUCGACUGUGUAUAAAGGGAGGAAGAAGAAGACGAUCGAGUACUACGCAAUUAAGAGCGUCGAUAAAUCGCAGAAGAGGAAGGUUCUUCACGAAGUUAAGAUUCUUCACUCUUUGGACCACUCAAACGUGCUAAAGUUUGACUCCUGGUAUGAGACUUCCGCUCAUUUGUGGUUAGUUUUGGAGUAUUGCGUUGGAGGAGAUCUCAGGGCAUUAUUACAACAGGAUAGUCAGCUACCGGAAGACUCAGUUCAGGAUUUUGCAUAUGAUUUGGUCAUAGCCUUGCAGUAUUUACACUCAAAGGGUGUUAUCUAUUGUGAUCUAAAACCUUCAAACAUCCUCUUAGAUGAAAAUGGACGCGUGAAGCUCUGCGACUUUGGAUUGGCAAAGAAGUUAAGUGAUAUAUCUAAAACACACUCUUCGUCAACAGAAGCGAAAUGUGGAACGCCCUGUUACAUGGCUCCUGAGCUAUUCGAGGAUGCAGGAGUCCAUUCCUAUGCUUCUGAUUUCUGGGCCCUUGGUUGUGUGCUAUAUGAGUGCUAUGCAGGGAGACCUCCUUUUGUGGGAAGAGAGUUCACCCAGCUAGUGAAGUCCAUUGUCUCAGAUCCAACUCCACCACUUCCUGGCAAUCCAAGUAGGCCCUUUGCGAACUUGGUUAACUCUCUCUUGGUCAAGGAUCCUGCUGAAAGAAUUCAGUGGUGUGAGCUCUGUGGGCAUGCUUUUUGGAAAGGCAAAAUUCCUCUGGUGUCAUUACCACCACAACCUGCUUUUGAUAGCAUGAUUGCGUUUUAUGCUAGGCCAUGCCUGUCAGAACAUAAUGGAGACAGAGCUCUUCAAAACAAAACCCCCAUUAAAGGUCGUGAAAGAGAUGCAAGAGUGACUCCAAGAAAAGACGAGAAUUCACAGUCGGGAUUAAGAGGUGUUGAGACCCCAGUCAAGGGAACACCUGGCAGCAAAAGACCUCAAGCAAAGGCCUCCGGUAGAGCAGUUGACGAGAAGCAGAAAGAUAAUUCUUCUGCUAAUAGACGCAUUAAUCUGUUACGGUUAUCAAGAGUAGCAAAGACAAAUUUGCAGAGGGAGAAUGAGAAGGAAAACUACAGGAGGCCCUUGGCUAAUGCCUCUGAGAAUGAUUCAGAGAUUAAGAUGGAGAACACGGAUAUGGAGCUUGAUUUCAAUGAGAACACAGAAGAUGACACACAAGAUGAACCCGAAGGGAGUGACAAUUCAACUGGUGCACCUGGAAGGGUUGAUAACCAUGUUCAGCCAAUGGACAUUUCUCCGGUAACCAACACCCCUACUUUAGACGAGCCAGGAACAAAUGAUUUAGAAUCACCAUCAGAGCCUGUUGACGUGGGGGGUGAUACUCCAGUCAGUGCCAGUCCUCAGCCUAAACACCAGAGAAUUAAAGAAGGGUUGGGAUUAGCACCUGAGUUCGAUUCCUCAAAGUCUUCUAACAACAUCUCAGAUGUUCUUUGGCAUCCAUCUGAUCUUUCAGUGAGACCUGUGAUGCCCAGCAGAAAAGGGGAUAAGACAUCUGAGGCACCUCCUUCUCUACCUUUUGAGCCUUUGCAACCAACUGAAUUGUUGAAGAUGACCAAGGAGCAGCUUGAUUCAGUCAAUGCAAAAAUUGUAUCAAUAUUUAAUGGCAACACCAGUGUUGGGGAGAAGCAGAAUGCAAUCAGAUACCUUGAGAUGUUGAGCAGCAAUGCUGAGAUAGCUAACAUCUUCACUAAUGGAGCAGUGAUGCUCAUACUCGUCAAAAUGCUUCGCUUGUCCAAGGCUUCAGCAUUACGGGUGCAACUUGCAUCAUUAAUUGGCUUGUUGAUACGCCAUGCUACGUUUAUUGAAGAUGAUCUGGCUAAUUCUGGUAUAUUAAGUUCCCUUACAGACGGCCUAAGGGACAGGCAGGAAAAAGUAAGGAGAUUCUGUAUGGCUGCUUUAGGGGAGUUACUGUUUUACAUAGCCACCCAGAAUGAUCAAUCUAGGGACAACAAUCCACCUGAAUCUCUAGCAAAAGACACCAGUAAAUCAGUUCCUGGCUGGCAGGUUCCGAACUCACUCAUCUCAAUGGUAUCCUCAGUCCUGCGUAAAGGAGAGGAUGAUAUAACUCAGCUUUAUGCCCUGAGAACAAUAGAAAAUGUAUGCAGUCAAGGGAGUCAUUGGGCUGCACGAUUUACCAGCCAAGACGUGAUCAGUAACCUAUGCUACAUAUACCGUGCACCAGGAAAAAUGGAGAGCAUGAGGAUGACUGCCGGUUCAUGUCUGGCUAGACUCGCCCGGUUCAAUCCUUCUAGCAUCCAGUCAGUCAUGGAGAAACUAUCCUUCAAGGAGGCAGCAGCUUCAAUUAUCAAAGGCAAUGCUCGUGAGCAGCAGAUAAGUCUGAACCUCCUAAACAUGGCCAUGCUCGGAAGUCAUUUGUUCACAAACAUUGGAAGACAUCUUCUGUCUCUCGCUGAAGAUAAGAAUCUCGUGCCCUCUCUCAUUUCUCUUGCCGAACAGGGUAGUGAAAUCUUGAAAGGGAAGACACUUGUUCUCAUUGCACUUCUCUGCAAGAAUGGCAGGAGAUGGCUGUCACACUUCUUCUGCAACGAGAGGUUACUGUCUUCUGUGGACAGGCUAGCAAAAGAGAAAGAUGGCUUCCUCCAGCAAUGCCUUGAUGCAUUUUUGCUUGUUUUGUCAUCAAUUGUACCUAGUUUGUUGGAUACCAUUACCGGAGAUAUCCAGCAAAUGAUAGGAGGAAGGCGGCAUGGACAGAUAACUGGCACUCCAAGCCGGGUUGCUUCUAAGACCAGUGUACACUUCUUCCCUUUCGUCCUUCGCCUUCUUGGAAGCUUGUCGUUGAAGCUUAGGGUGGUGAAUAGCCAUGUGCUGCAACAGUUGGCCAUCCUCUUAAAACUCAUGGAGACACCAUUUCAGGGAAGAGAUGACUUCCAAAUCACGCUUCUUCAGGUUCUUGAAUCCAUUGUGGAGGAAUCUCCCCUUAUCUUAGCAAACCCUCAAAUCUUCAUCGACGCGAUCCUCCCCAGCCUGGCUACUCUCUACAAGGGCAACAGAGACGGCCACGCCAGAUUCCUCUGCCUGAAAAUCCUCUUCCACGUAAUGGUCAUCAUCUUAAACGAACCAUCCCAAGGCGACCAACUCUCCAAAGCUCUGCACACCAUAGCCAAUGUCCAUUUCCUACCACUCUACCCCACUCUCGUCGAAGACGAAGACCCAAUCCCGAUCUUCUCACAGAAGCUCCUCGUCAUGCUCAUCGACUUCAACUUCAUCAAGAUCUCCGACAUCCUACACGUCAAAACAGUCUCCCAAUGCUUCGAGUUCCUGCUCGGAGACCUCUCCACCGCAAACGUCAGCAACGUCAAGCUCUGUCUAGCCCUGGCAUCCGCCCCCGAAAUGGAAUCCAAGCUGCUCUCCCAGCUGAAAGUAGUCCGAAGAAUCGGCAAUCUCCUGGAGUUCGUCCAUGCCAAAGACAUGGAAGAUUUCCUCGAGCCAACUCUCGGCCUCUGCAGAGCCUUCCUCCUCCGAUCACUCACCGCCGAAAAGGGGUCCGCGUUCAGAACCCAACCGUCGCUGCUAACCGCCGGUGGGUUUUCUGCGGGCGGAUGCGUGGACGGAAUACGAGACGUGAUGGACUUCGGCAGCAACGUCGGUCUGUGGUUGGAACUCAGUUCCGGCUCGUCGACGGAGCCAAACGUCGCCGAGUUAGCUUCCGAGUGUGUUGUCUUGUUGCUGAAGGCGGCUCCAAGGGAAGCCACCACUGGGUUUCUAACCAACCUGCCGAAGGUCAGCACCAUCCUCGAGUCAUGGCGCAGAGGGGUUCCACGCCUGAUUUUGCUCCGGACUCUGCAUGCGCUUUGCUAUUCUUGCCGGCAGUACUUGUCUCAUGCAAUGAUACUGUCGAUAUCAAUCGCCGAGGUCUCGAGGGUACAAGGGAUAGUUACAGAGAUCAAGAGUUCCGCCGGCGGUGAUCUAUCCGACGCCGCUUCCCUGGUUGGGUUAGAGUUGCAGCGGCUGCCUCGCCACCUUUGAUGUACUGAAGGUCUAAUUUUUUUACCGUUCUACUACUUCAUAAUAUGAUCUUCUUCUUUUAUUGAACUUGUUUCUGUUUCAUUUUUCUUCCAGAAUCCAGAUACAGUAUUAUUGGCGAAGGGUUCAAUCAUUGGUGUAUUAUAUCUGCAGAUCCAGGUUAGUUCCGACUGUUGGGAAAUAGUGACGCUUUGGCCUCUUUCUGUAUGAUAAUUGUUUUCCCCUGUAUCAACUCGGAAAGCAAUGCAAUUUAUUUAUUACCUUUUUUGCUUAAAAAGACUUUGCUUUUUGCAGUGCUUUAUAUCUUUUCUUGCUUUAUACAGUCUUUGUUUGAGUUCUUUUGUCUUUUGGAAUUGAUUCGACUUAGUAGUACCUCCAUUAAUGCAUACAUAACAUCUACAUUUACUGGAGUCCCUCUUUUGAGAUCUCUCGUGAACUAAUAUUCAUUUCCCCACAGCAUUGAAUCACUUUUGAGGUAGAAAGCCUUUUGCUUAUAUGCUGAGGGGUUGACUUCCACAUAGGGCUGGGAAAAUGAAAAUUAUGUCUGAAC